UUGCUCAAGAAGAGAAAAAGCACUAAAAAGAGUUGGAUCGAAGAAAAGGCAGACAGAAGCAAGAGAUCAAUAAGAAUGGAGUGCGUAUUUGGAUUAGUAGGCAACGAUUUCGCAAUAGUAGCAUCCGAUACAUCGGCCGUACACAGCAUCCUCGUCCACAAGUCCAAUGAAGACAAAAUCAUGGUCCUCGAUUCUCACAAACUCAUCGCCGCCAGCGGUGAACCCGGCGACAGAGUUCAAUUCACGGAGUAUAUACAGAAGAAUGUGUCGCUGUAUCAGUUUCGUAACGGAAUCCCUUUGAGUACUGCUGCUGCUGCUAACUUCACUCGUGGAGAGCUUGCUACUGCUUUGAGAAAGAACCCGUACUCUGUGAACAUCCUUCUGGCUGGCUAUGACAAGGAGACUGGUCCUUCUCUCUACUACAUUGACUAUAUUGCUACCCUUCACAAAGUUGAUAAGGGAGCAUUUGGGUAUGGGUCCUAUUUUUCUCUCGCCAUGAUGGACAGACACUUCCAUAGUGGCAUGUCAGUGGAAGAAGCAAUUGAUUUGGUUGAUAAGUGCAUAUUGGAGAUCCGAUCCAGGUUGGUCGUGGCACCACCAAAUUUUGUGAUCAAGAUUGUUGACAAGGAUGGAGCAAGGGAGUAUGCCUGGCGUGAAAGUGUCAAGGAUGUUCCAGCAGCCUGAGUUUUCCUGCUUUGAACUUAAUUCCAUGUGUUUUCUUUUUUCCUUUUAAUGUCUCAUUUGAAUGUUCAAUAGGAAUGCUAUAUUUGACUGCUCAGAACUAGUUAAUACACUUGCUUUGUCUUGAAAAGUAA